UGGCCUGGUGCAAACAAUCAUAUUUUAUCCCUUCUGGCCAUGUUACCAACCUCACAAUGUGCAAGAAUGACCCCACAGUACUAUCCACUCAUGCACCAAUGCUCCACGUCCAUCACCAAACUCAGUCGCGACCCGCGCCGUCUCUUGUCCACAUUGCCGUCUCGAGUCGUACCCAAGACGUCCUCAACCGUCGGGGUACGUCACACUUGUAACUCGUGGCUUGCUUUUGACAGAUGGUUUUGCGCAAAAGUGAAUACAAUCCCCCGUCAUGAGACAACUCUUACUGUGACCCCUUCCUUGGCCAUGUCCACGCGCUGUAAGUUUUCUAUGCAUUUGCCCGGUUUCAGAACACACUGCUUCUACUCGGUUAAGCUUACUCUGCCUACAGAUAACCAGCCCCUCAUCAACUUGCAUCAACCUGGUAUAGCGUCAGAGUCCCGCUAUGCUCGUGGAGCCUCGGUUCAAGCAUCAAGGCCACUCCCUGCUUUAGUUAAACGCCUUUGUGUAGGCCUUGCCGGUGACACAAAGUCGCCUACGCUGCCCAGACUACCGUCUAUCGGCAAGCUGACGUCUUACCAUGCCGACAACCGGGAAUGAACUUACCCUAG